UUUACUCAGCUUUGCAGCUCAGUUUCAAUCUGAAGGCAAACAUGAACGGCAGCACUUCAAUAUCUCGCUGGCUGACAGCGCUAAUCUGCCUCGGGCUGCUUAUCAGUGGGAGCGCAGCUGAUUUGCGUAAGGACAGCACUGCAGCCGAUUCGACCGUGAGGAAGAUUGAGAGGCUCUACAAUGAGGUGCUGGAGUCGAGCAUAAGUAGCUACCGGCAGAAGGUGCAGAGCACGAACAGCUCAAUUGAUAUUGAUUUCGAGAUGCUAGACAAGGCGAACAAUGAGAGUUACUAUAGCGCGGCAUACCUCAUAUUCUUCCUCAUUCACGACGACUUCAAAGGGCGGCAAUCAGACGAGUUGAAAUUCUCCAUUCGCGCCUUCUUCGCCAAAGCCCGAUUAGAGUUGCGAAAGUACUCCGAAGCCACACAAACAACGAUUGAGGAGAUACUGCAAUAUGUGUCUCGUUGGCAGACCGAAACCGCGGAUAGCAUCAUCCAGGCCUACAUGGAAUUCCCCAGCAAGCUGCGAGAGACGGUGCCGGAGCUACAGUUAAUGGACUACACGGCCCAGGGAAGAAUUAUUAUAGAGGCCGUUGCCCAAGCAAUUGGAGAUGCACUAAAUGCACUCCUAACUCCUAGAAAAUCUUUAAGAAACUUAAUUACCAUAUAAUUGAGAUAAUUUGAACGCAAUCGUUACACAGCCAAAGAUAACUUUAGAUACAUUUGCGCAUUAUUAUGAAUUCGAAUUUGUAUACAUUUCUACUUGUAUAUAUUUGAUAUAUAUGGAUUUAUAUAUUUACACCUGAUAGACAUAAGAAACAGCAAUAAAUUCAAUAUUUGAAAAAAAUUUGAAACGAAUAUUAAACUUAAUUAAUUGUUUUCUUCGUA